AUGUCUUUAGAUAUAUCGAAGUUGAAGGAAAAGGUGUCAGCCAAGCUAGAGGGCGUCAAAGGGAAGGAUGGCAAGCGGGGAAAGGCAGGCAAGCAAAAGGAUGUGAUGGAGACCAUGGUCAAGACGGGGAAGGAUGAUGGAGGGAGUGUUCGUGGGGGGUUGUCGGAGGAGUUGCGGGAGGAGGCGUUUGCCCUGGGGGCUUCCGAGCAGGAUUUGGUGUUGGUUGAAGGUCUGAGUGACGACGAGCAAAGCGAGUUAGAGUUUGGUGAUGAUGGGGAUGGGGUUGAGGAUCCUGAGUUCCAGGGCGACUUUAAGGCUCUGUUAAAGACUAUGGGGUUUGACAAGAUAAGGCAGGCUGAGCAUGUGGAGGAGAAGGAUGCGUCUCUUAGUUCAGACUCGAACCACGAUUCAGAGCCAGACGAGGAAGACGCUGCAGAGCCAGACGAGGAAGAGUUCCAAGAGACAUUCAACCAGCAAGAAAAGGAAAAUACAGACAUGAUUACGGAUACACACUUUGUGCAUAGCGACAAGCUGGCUGUGCCCUGUGACGUUGCUUGGUAUGAUAUCCCACUGGAUUUAGCUAUAGAACAAGAAUACCAUCCAUUAACAGCAGAGCAGAUGCAAAAGCUAUAUGUACGUGGCAAGGAGGCGCUUGAAGCAGAUAACACAGUUUACUUUGAAGAAUUUACUAAUAAUUCAUCGCAACGCAAGUUUAUGUCUCAGAUUUUGACCGACGGUACGUUAAACGACAAGAUAUCUGCGUUAACUCUUCUGAUCCAAGAGUCACCAUUGCACAAUAUUAAGUCGAUGGACAUGAUGCUUGGUUUCUGUAACAAGAAGUCUAGGAAUUCCGCAUUGCAAGCUCUGAAUGCUUUGAAAGAUUUGUUUUUAAGUGGCCUUUUACCGGAUCGUAAGCUCAAGUACUUUAAAAACCAGCCGCUAUCGAUGUUGCUGAGCAAACGCACUCUUGCAAUUUUAUACUUUGAAGAUUACCUCAAGCAAGCAUUUUUCAAGAUGUUAGAAACCCUAGAGAAGCUAACACAUGACCCGCUUAUCCACGUACGGACUCAGGUGCUCACUACCAUCUUCGAUUUGCUAGCUGCAAAGCCCGAGCAGGAAUUCAAUCUCUUAAGACUCGGCUGCAAUAAACUGGGGGAUAUUGAUAAUAAAGUAUCGUCAAAGGCUUCUUAUCAACUUCUAAAGUUAGAACAGGCUCAUCCUAAUAUGAAAGCUAUUAUUGUAAAUGCCGUAAUUGAUGUUGCCCUCAAACCCAGUGCAAGUUAUCAUGGAACAUAUUACUCGGUACUAACUUUGAAUCAGACCAUUCUCAAGAAGUCCGAAUCCCAAUUAGCAAACCAUCUCAUCAAGAGCUACUUUACCUUAUUUGAAAAGUACCUAAUUCGUACAGAUCCAGAAAACAAGGAGGUGAAUGGAGACCAAUCUAUUCAAAGCGUUAAGUCGCAUGAAGAGAGGCGUAAAAAGAACUUCAAGAAGGGCAAGAAUGGUGGGCGGUCUAUAAAACAUACGGAGACAGAAAAUGACUUAGUUGCUGAGAAGAACACCAAGCUUUUCAGUGCUAUUUUAACUGGUCUGAACCGUGCCUUCCCAUUUGCUAGCAUGUCCCCGCAGGUUUACGAAGAACAUCUUGAAACGCUCUUCAAGAUCACACACUCCUCGAACUUUAAUACCUCCGUACAGGCCCUUGUUUUAAUAUACCAAGUUAUCACAAAGGCCUCCGUCAACCCGGAUCGUUACUACAGGACUUUAUAUGAGUCGCUCUUGGACUCUCGUCUCGCAAAUUCUUCAAAACAAGCAAUAUACCUCAAUUUACUCUACAAGUCCUUAAAGAAUGACACUGACGUCGCGCGCGUGGACGCGUUCAUGAAACGUAUCAUGCAAGUGUGCCUGAACUGGCUGAAUAUAGGUGCUGUAUCAGGAAUGCUGUAUCUGCUCCUGCAACUCCUUCAGCACAUUCCACAAUCUCGGAACUUGCUGCUUAACACGCCUGUCGACCACGAAUACUUAUCUGACACAGACAAAACCCCCACUGAAAACGCCGAUAUUACUAACAAUACCAAGCACAACAACACGUACGAUCCCCGCAAGAGAGAUCCAAAACACGCAAAUGCGCAAUCCACCUCCUUGUGGGAAACAACUCACUUUCUAAACCACUACCAUCCCACCGUCAAUGCAUACGCAAACAGUCUCUGCACCAAUUCCCCUCUUGCAAAGCCGGACCUCGCCUUAUACUCCUUGGCCCACUUCCUAGACCGCUUCGUCUACCGUAACGCCAAGCAAAAGCCUGUGACCAGAGGAUCCUCCAUCAUGCAACCACUGUCUUGCGCCUACACCGGCUCCCUACUAGUCCGCUCCUCGGAUUCGCCUGUCCAUCACGCGCUUCCACCGAACACCGAAGACUGGCUCUCAAAGAAGGUCUCCGAAAUCAGACCCGACGAGCACUUCUUCUACCACUACUUUACUACCAAAUCCUCGGCAGUCCGCACCACCACUUCAAAAGAUACCCGCAACAAUACCCACUUCGAUGUCAAUGAUGAUGAUGACCUAGACGAAAAUGACGUCUGGGACGCCCUUGUUAAAUCCCGUCCUGAUGUCGAAGGCGAAACCGACAGCGACAGCGAAAACGACCUACUCUCAGAUACAUGGUCCUCUGAAGAAGAAGAAUCACACCUUUCCUUCUCUUCCAUAGAAGACACCGAAAAUGAGACAGACAAUAACGACGACGACAACAACAACAAAAACAACACUGAACAUCAUCAAUCCUCAAACCUCGACGUCGUCACAGACGCCGACGCCGACACCGACGCCGACCGUUUCAAGUCUGCCCGCGUCCAUGCCCUACCCGAAGGAAAUAAGAAGGACAGCAAACACAAAAACAAACGUCAAAAACCUAACACCAUGCGCGAUUUACCAACCUUCGCGGCCGUCGAAGACUACGCCCAGUACCUUUCCGAGACUGAUACCGAUUAA